UUGGGGCGCAGAACCAAAUCAGUUAAUUGACUGCACGGAAAUGACUUCUGACCUCUGACCCGAGGUCACAUUUGGUUUCCGUUCUUAUCGUGCUGUUACUGCAGCCACUCUAGAAAAUCCUCGAAAAAAUCCUCAAAAAUUCUCGUUCAAAUCCGACAAUUUUUCGGAAGAUAUGGCUCCCAAACGUUCGAAGAAGUGUCCAGGAUGCCAUUUGGACGUCGCCCUGCACAAAUCGGGCGUUGCUGGCAAGGAUUGCACGGGGAUUCUGGAAGACAACGGCGCUGUGGGUCAAGGCAUGCAAGGCACCAUGGCCGAGCUACAACAGCGCAAGGCAGAGCUUACUCAGCGCCUAGAGUUGAAGAAGCUUCAGCGGGAAGUGGAUGCGCUUGAGAAGGAAUUGGCCACAGACACCACUACAACCUCGCCACUUCCUACGGCCAAGGACGGGAGCAAGACGGACGAAACUCAAGACGAUGAACGCAAGCAUGUGGAUUUCGGGCAAGCAGACAUUACGUUAGCCCAGCUCCGCGAGGAUGCCGCGCUUCAGAGCCUCGUAUCCACAAAGUAUGGGGAUCUUGUCGGCGCGGGCAAGAAGCCAGAGAAAGGUAAGGCAAUCCUAUCUCCUGAGUCUUUCGUCCAUAGUUUUCAUUCAGCGGAAACGAAGAAGUAUGACGAGCUCGAGAUGGAAGAAUUCCUGGCUGGCUGUAUGGGUUUAUUGCGCAAUCCCGGCCUACCCUCCUAUGAACUGAUGGGGCGCAUAGCACUGUUGGAAUAUACGUGUAACAAACUGGCUAGGUACGACUGGACCGUGGUUCGGUCUUUUCAUGCAGCGGCGGUCAAACAAGCGCUCCGGAAGCCAGGCUCAUGGUCGGACGACUGGGUAGCCCUGAAGGAGAUUUACUUUGAUGCCGAUCCGCUCAAGAUCAAGCCUGCCGGGUCCGCCGCGCGUCGACAGCCCAAGAAAUCCGAUCCUCCACGCUUCUGCUUUCGGUUCUCUAGGAACGAGUGCGCCGCUGAUACGUGUCGUUUUGACCACCUUUGUUCUUACUGCUGGAACAAGACCUCGCAGAGGUUCAAACACUCAGCCGCUGACUGCCACAGGAAGCAAGCCGAAGAGAAACGCGCUUCAUCUACCGAUAACGGGGCCAACGUCAAGUCGUCUUCCGCAUGACUACUUCCGGACAUGCAACAUUCUGUCAGCGACAAUUUGCAACAUUCUGUAAGUGACAAUUUGCAACAUUCGGUACGUGACAAUUUGUUAUCUAGUAUUUCAUUGUAUCCCGAUCUCAUCGACCAGUGCACUUCUGGCUUCUUCUCGGAUUGCGACAUGAACGUUGUUUAUCUUAGCGAUAGUGUUACGCAAGAGUGCUUAUCACAGCCGGGCUCUUCAGACGUGUCGGAGCCGUGUAGUUUACUUACUGCAGCACGUGCUGUCCCCUCACAAGAGGAUUUAUUGUUGUCAAAUCUCCGCACGAGCGGGUCGGCUCUGGAUGAGCCAGUGUCUCCAGUUAUUUCCUCACACGAGGAUGUAUUGUUGUCAAAUGUCCGCACAAGCGGAUCGGACUUGGCUCGGCCAGCGUCCCGAGUAAUUUCCUCAGGUGAGGAUGUAAUGUUGUCAGAUCUCCGCACGG